AGAGAAGAAGAAAUCUACUGUAGCCUAGAGACAUCGGGAGAAAGCUAGAGAAAGAGAGAAAAGAGGAGAAAAAGAGAGAAAGGAGGAGGAAAAGGAAGAACUCAAGGAAAAUUGUACCAAAACUCAUCUUUUAGCAAAUCUAAGGUUAAGCUUUGAAGAAGUUACACCCUCGUUCUCGGAGCCAUUUGUGUUGAUUUCCAUGUUUUAUUUCUGAAUUGGCAUGAUCAGGGUCUCACUUGAAUAUUCCAAUUCAAAGUAUUGAUAAUUCUUUGCGGGUCGGUGCUCCAAGGAUGCCUCCGCUAACAGAAUCAUAUGGAACUGAUGCUGUGGUUGUGAGGUCUAGAAUUCAGUGUAUCGAGAAAGAGGCAUACACUGCUGUCUUGAGGGCUUUCAUGGCUCAAUCUGAUGUUCUUUCUUGGGGCAAAGAGGGGCUGAUUACUGAGCUGCGUAGAGAGCUAAAUGUUACAGAUCAGGAACACCGAAAGCUCCUCACUGAGAUUCAGUCAGAUGAGUUUGCCAGAAUGAUAAGGGAAUGGCGAAAAAGCACCUGCCAUGCCCAAGAAUUGUCUUCCAGUAGAAUGGAUGCUCCUGGCUUUGUUCCUAGUUCUAUGAGCAAUGCUUCUCACAAAAUAUCGAUGACUUCCCAUCCUGAUGUUUCAAUGUUACAGAGAUAUGUGUCUCAUAGUCAACCUACUUCAGCUGCUAAUCCUUCUUCAUUUCCAGCACAGUACAGGAAUGGUCAAAGUAUUGGAGGAUUGCUUACUUACUCCACCGGCAAUGCAGGGCAGCCGAUGAAAGCAGUUGUUCCUAAUGUUAUGGUCCCAUCUGCAAGCAAAAAUAGAGGGCCAGUGAAACCUCAGUCAAAGAUGGGCUUUUAUGUUGCUGAUGUUGACAAUCUCCAAAAAACAUCUGAUAUAAUUAAGAUCCGUGCAACAAAUAAGCUUCUGCAUAAGGUUGAGAGUAUGAUCUGUGGAAGGGAAGUCAAUCCUGACCCUGUUCAAGUGGAGAAGGCGAAGGCAAUCCUCUUGGAGCACGAGGUAGCAAUCCUUGAAGUGCUUGCAAAACUUGCUGAUGUGUCAGAUGGGGAUGAUUCUCCCAAACAAUUUCAAUAUCAUGAGGAGCGCCAGAGAAUUGGAAGAGGGAUGGCAACACAAAAGGACUUGUAUGUAUGGUCAGGUUGAUAACAGACUGAGACUCCAUUGAUGGGUUCAGAUGUAGAUAUAUAUAUAUAUAUAUAUAUAUAUGGGUAGCACAUUACCGCUGUACAGGCUCUCAGCAUAUCAGCACCUUGUUUUAGGUGUUAGUUUGUGAUAGUAUACUGGUUGUUGUAGGAUGGUCACAUUUGGGCUCAAACCUUCUGCUGAGUACCUACCCUAACACAGGUGAUUACUAGAAUUCCCUCAAUCACACACAGUUGAAGUGUCAAUUCAGUGCAGAGAACAAUAUGGCAAUAGAAAGGCUGCUGUGUUAUGGUCAUAGUAUCUGUGUUGUUCUUGGUUGUGGCUAGUAUGGGCAUAUCGAAAUAAUGUACUGUGUUUGUAGCUAAUAGCAAGCAUAUUUACAUGAUUCAUGUGUGACCUCCUUAACUUCAUAUAAUUCGUAUAUCACUUUACAACACAUUUGCACCA